AUGACAUUCCCCGACCUGGCGACCGUCACUGAAGUCUUGCGGCAGGAAAUACCGGAUCCAUCGGUGCUUCGCCUUUACCUGUGUCAGAUCGGAAGAGCUGCUUUGGGAGACGGUGACAACGGAGACACUACUGCCUCGCAGGCUCGUACCGUAUGGACGAGUUUGGCCAUUACAGACCAGCAGGAGGAUCUCUCCUCUUUGCUCGUGGAUGUUUUGUGGUUGGUUACGAUGUCGUCGUCCGUGUCCAGUGACUCCGCACUCCCGCAACUGCUCGUGCGAGAUACCGUGCAGGCCUAUCCGUGGACUCGCACCGCUCUCGUACAAACACUCGACGCUCGACUCUUACAGGACGCGACACUCAUUCCGAAUCAGGCAGAUUUUCAAAAGAAACUCCGACAGUACAAUACCGCCACCUUUUAUCGCCAAAACAAGUGGAACUUGUUGCACGAAGAGUCGGAAGGAUACAGCAAGCUUCUCCAAUUCUUGCUUUCCGUAUCGAAUGAACACUUACACUUUGCAUCCUCGACGAACAUACCGUCUUCGUCCGACAAUAUCUCGCGUUUGGAAACUCUGAUCGGCACCUUCUCCUUGGAUCCCAAUCGAGUACUCGAUUUGCUGUUAAACGUGCUCGAGCUUGCCUUUGCCAAUCCAAAGGAAGCGCCGGGAUCACCCGGCACCGAAACCUCCACAUCCACGGCAAGUCGUAUGGUUGCGUUGCUGGUCGCUCUACCCUCGGACAACUUGCCAAAAUUGCUCGCCUUUGAAUUUCAAGGACGGCCACUACAACAGCAAACGCCACUGUUGAAGGUCAUGGCGUUUUUGGCCGCACAUGAUGCUUUGGACGUGGAAAAAAUGCUCUCGUUUUUGCCGUCGUCAUGGAUGGAUUCGGCGAACGAUUUGGAAGUCGCCUGGCGGAAACAGGAAACUUCACGGGUACGGGAUUUAGGCAAGGUGCGCUUGUCCUCACCGGCUCCGGUCGCCAACGGCACACACGAGCCCGGGUCGGAACAGCAGUCCGCAGUACAGCAACUACACACGACACUCGUCUCCUCGCCAGCGAUACAGUUUUUGCAAACCCUGUUUGUAACGCAGCCGUUACGUGCCUGGCCGUUGGCACGAAAGGUGGGUGUGGUAAACUGGUCGCAACUUUGCACACUCCUACCCGACACGAUUGGUGUGGCUUUGAUCGAUUGGACGCACCAAGAAAUUCAGCCCCUGCUGCAACGUCGAGUCGCUCCCGUGCCAUGGACGGAAUCGUGUCGCGAACAGAAGGGUGAUACUGCGUCGGACGAUGCCAUGGACAUAAACAAUGGCGACAAGCGAAAGGACAGAGACACAUUGUCCUUUUUGCUCCAUAUUGUGGUUGAACCACUGUCAUACGUCAAAAAUUCAGGAUGCAUCGUGCUGCGGCCUGUCUUUUUCAGUCAGCUGUGUCGCCUUUUGGCGGCUUACAACAACGACACAACCGAGGAGGAAGUGUCCGAGAAAGUACUUGCGUUCUAUAAAUCUUUUCUGCUUCCCACGCUUAGUUUGUUCCCGUCGAGUCCGUCCCGAUCUGCAGAAGUAUGGACUGUAAUGCAGCCCCUGUCCUAUCGCACUCGGUAUGCCUUGUACAAGUCGUGGCGGGGUACCGGGCUGGAGCGUGCUGGACUACACGAUAGCGCGAAACCACUUUGGCAAGUCAGUGGCGAGAUACAAGCCGGAAAGGAUGCACGUUACCAGCUUAAGCGUCUUUCUAAAGACACUAUUCGGGACGUUAGUCGGGGUGUCGCGAAAGUUUGUCAUCAUCAUCCUUUGGUUGUCUUUUCCACUAUUCUCAGUCAGAUUGAAUCCUACGACAACCUUGUGGAGGUCAUGGUGGAUGCAUUGCGGUUCGUGACACCGCUGUCGUUGGAUGUCCUGGGAUUUUGCAUUUUGAGCCGAUUAAGUGGAAGUGGUGACAACGGCUUUGUAAAUCGAUCUCGUCUAAAGGAAGACGGCGUCAAUGUAUCGCAAUGGUUGCAAUCGCUGGAAUCGUUUACGGGGUACUUUUAUAAACGUUUUCCUUCGAUGGAGCUACGCGGAAUACUAUGCUACCUGAUUGGACGUCUCAAGGAUGGUCACGUUAUGGAAUUGGGAAUGCUGCGGACGCUCUUGAAGACUGCAGGGGGUUGGGCGUUUGCGGACUACUCGCCGGCCGCAAAUUUGUCAAUGACACAAUUGGAGGGUCGAGCUGGAUCAACCGCACUACAACGCGAAACAAUGUCGUUUGGUGUCAUCGAAAGAUUUAAUCUGUCUGCUUCCAACGCGGUACGGAGAGUGUUACAAACUGAUGGAGCGGGAGUUUCACUGCUCAUUCUCCUGGCCCAAGUUCGACAUCAAAUCAUUUUUGAAGGGUCCUCUACGGAUCCACCAAAGCCAGUCAAGCUGAUUGGUAACUUGGUCGACACAUGUCAAUCUGUGAUGACGGUUCUUUUAAACUUUCUCAUUGCUGAUCCGGCGGGGAUGAAUGGACAGACCGCUUCUUCUAUUGUGAAGAUUGCAACUUUUAUGCCUUCGCUGGAGAAACUUUGCACUGAUUAUGGUAUGGAUGUUGCUUUCGCAUGGAUGCUUUGUCGCCCAUUUAUCAGAAAGGCUGCCAUAAAUAAAGAUUUGCCGAACGCUUUAUCAGCCUUUCGGAUAUCGUCAGAAUUACAAAUGAUCUACAAAGCGAGUUUGCCAUCAAUAACGUGGGAUUAUAUUUCGACAACACUCUUCGAGAUAUUUUAUACCAAGUCGUUGUACGACCUUUUCUGCCCUGAAGAAGUGUACGCCAGCGAGAUUGCUCGACUGGAAAAGGAAGGAGAACGAUUCGCGAUUCAAAAGGAUGCAUCACCUUCAACCUCGGUUCAGCCUGGGAAUGCACCUGUUGCGUCAAUUCAAGACGAAAUCAACCGCUGUGAGACAACAGUCGUCAAAUUGAAAGCUGACCUUGCAAAGCAGAAGCGGCAUGUAGCAGAAAGUCGCAAAACGAUACAGGAACUUGCUGCGGACCUUUUUGAAUCAAAAACAGCCAAUGAAGAAUCUGCAACAGCAUUUUUGACUCGUUGUGUAUUUCCACGCUGCAUGCAAGGACCAGAUGAUGCCCUGUAUUGCGCCCACUUCGUCAAGUUCCUUCACGAGAUAGAGACACCCGGUUUCGGUACCCUGUAUAUAUUCGACGUGACCGUCGUUUCGCUUUCACGAGCACUCUUUGGCAUGACUGAAGGGGAGGCCGCUAAUGUCUCGAUUCUACUGUGCGAGAUUUGGAAGGUUGCCAGUAAAUGGCGCUACGAGAAGGACAGCUUCGAUACAGAGAUCACGGGGAAGCCGUGUUCCAUGCUUCUCAACAAGAAACGAGGUUCGAUUCAACCAGUAUCUUAUGCAGAGUUUGAGGUGCUGUACAACAGAUGGCAUGCCGCCAUUGGAGCCGCCGCAAUAGGUUGUUUACAGUCUUCUGAAUACAUCCAUACGCGUAACUGUCUGAUCGUAUUGAAGCGCAUGGUAGAAGUCUAUCCAACACGACCAAGACUUGGAAAUGAACUUCUAGAAGCUCUCGUACCGUUACAGGACGAAGGCAAUAAAUUCGCUGACAUCCGAGCUUCUGCACAAGCGUUCAGUACCCAGCUUCUUCGGGCUAGGGAUGAUGGAGUCUGGAAAGAAGAGGAUCCCGCCAUUGUGAAGGCACGGCGAGCCACAGAGCAGGCUGCAGCUGUUGCCCGUCAAAAGAAAGUCGAGGAACAAAUGGCGGAGCUCAAGCGGGAUUCUGAAAAGAUAACAGAAGAGAUCGGGGAAUGGGACAAUAACCACCGCGGUGACCGAAGACGUCCGCUUCCUGCCGUCGGUACCAGAGAUUCAAGAGCUCCGUUACCUCGCGAAGUGGAAGAUGGACGCCGUGCAAGAGGUCAAGAGAAUGGAGAUCGCAGUCGUAGCCAGGAAGCCCGUCAUGCACCUACGGACGCAUCUAGAGGACGCCUUGAGGACCCUGGAGGGAGUUCUCGACGAGAACCUCAAAGAGAUGAUCGUUGGUCACGUGGGGCUCGGCAAGGCGAUAACUUUUCGACAUUGGCUACUUCUGGCCGCAGGGAAGAUCCUUCACGAGAAGAGGCACCGCGAGGAUUCGAAGGUCGAUUCCAGCGUCCUCGACAAGACCCACCCCAGCCAAUACCCCCUCGCACUGCCACGAAGCGAAGCCGUCCUUCUUCACCGUCCGAACCUGGCGAGAGCAGCGAGCCAUUGCUGCAGAGAUCAAAGCGGCCUCGUAUCGACGACAUCGACAAAGACGACGGCCGACACCCUGUUCGUAGACGUGGCGGCAGACGGUAGAAACAUUAUGAUUACGCUUUACGAGCAAAGUAGUAAGAUGUAACUUCUCUUGUUGCACAGCU